AUGAAUGGAAACGACGGCGAUCUAUUUGUAUGUGGGAAAUGUAAAACAAAUUUUACAAAUCUCGAACUUUUUUUAAUACAUCGUAGUUCAUGUCGUGCAGCAAAUGUGACUCAAACAACUGAUAAUGAAGUGUGCGAAUGUGCUCCGUGUCAAACUCAAAAAGAGAUAACGAAUCUCACCAAUUAUGAUUUUACAGCUGACUAUCAACAACAACAACAACAAAUAUUAAAUGUUAAUCCGACUCUGUUUAUUGAAGCCGUAUCGUAUACACCAAAUGAAGCAAAUUUUGCUGGACAGUUGAAUGCUGCAAUGCAAUUUACAUGGCCUUCUUCUUCUACAAUAUCUGUAUGUGAGCCAUUAUUAUCAGAAAGUGUUGAUACCAAUUUUAUUCCAAUACUUCAAGAAAAUUUAAACUUGAGAGAAAAAAGAGAAUUAUCUCCAUCAAUUGAAAGUGAUAAUAAAAAAAUCCAUCGAGGAGACGAUUAUUACAUGAACGAUAGUGAAAAUGAGGAAGAUGACGAUGAUGACCUGUUUGAAUUUGAUGAUGAUGGAUUGCUAAUAGAGAGUUUAUCUGAAGAUGAAAUCGAUACAACUACUGUUGAACAAUUAAGUGAAAAUACAACAUCUGCCCCGAGUAUAAAACAACGUAAAAUACAAAUAGACGAUGGAAUGUUCCAGGAGAGUAUUCUUUCAGCAAUUAUUGAUGGUUAG